UUAGGGCGUUAUACUGUCCUGUGUCAACAGUGUCCUGGUGGAAUUAAGAGGGUUAGCGACUCCUGAGUCCUGCUCUUUGCUUCGCUGUGCAGCCUGAACACGGGCCAGCUCGACAAACCAGAUGACGUCCGCGUCCAUGCACCGGCCUUUGCCUCCUGUCCUCUUUGUUCUGUACCUGAUAUUCUUCUUCUUCAUGUUCUGCGUCCUUUCUUUUUACUCCAUCACCGCCAGGCUGAAGUAGACAGCCGUCCGCUAAACCAGUUGACCCAGAGGUCGGCUCCGAACGGGGGGCCGUCCUAAGAAGAUCCACGGGCUUCCGCUUCCACCGAGCGGAGAAGAAGCCUGACCGACCGCUGAGCCGAUUUUGGACCCGAUUUUGGACACUUUUGGGCGGCAGGGUGUGACACCUCCCUCCCUCUUUGUGAGCCUGCUCUGUCUCUCCACCCCUUUUGAGGUUGAGCCAUGGGGAACCACGGCUCUAACCUGGACGAUAUCCUGGCGGAGGACAUGCACCACUGGUACAACAAGUUCAUGAGGGAGUCUCCGUCAGGGCUCAUCACCCUGUUCGAGCUGAAGGCCAUCCUGGGGCUCAAGCGCAUGACUGAAGACGCCAACGGCUACGUGGACCAGGUGUUCAUGACCUUCGACAUGGACGGGGAUGGGUACAUAGACUUUGUGGAGUACAUAGCAGCCAUCAGCCUGAUGCUGAAAGGAGAGAUCAACCAGAAACUCAAGUGGUACUUCAAACUGUUUGACCAGGACGGCAACGGAAAGAUCGACAGAGAUGAAUUAGAAACCAUCUUCUCGGCCAUCCAGGACAUCACACGGAACCGGGAUAUUGACCCGGAGCAGAUUGUUUCUGUGAUAUACGAGAGGAUCGACACGAGAGGAGAAGGUGAGCUGACCCUGGAGGAGUUCAUUGACGGAGCCAAGAACCACCCUGACAUCAUGGAGACGCUGAAGACCAUGAUGGACCUGACGCCCGUCCUCAUCAUCAUCAUUGAAGGACUCUAGAAGAGGUGAGAAGGCUGCUGGGUGCACCGGCGGAGGCAGGCUGAGGCAGGGCACGAACACAGAACACUAACCAGAAGUUCCCUCUCCCAUCAACCUUCCCAAGGGACUUCGAAGCCCCCCCCCCCCACCCUAUGUCUAGUCAGUCCCUUCCAUGAGGAAGCCUGACUUUUGGUGUUUAGAAGGAGGCCUGGGGACAUCGUAAAGGACUGGGGUUGACGUCGGAAGAGGUUUGAGGAAAAAGACCAGAAGAAACCUGGAAAACUGGCGACGUCAAAGGCAAAUAACAACAAAUUCAACAGUGACUGGCUUCAGACCUACUGUCCUGCAAGUUGAAGAAUUUCCCCAUGCUACUCUCUCAGAGCAAGCCAAACAAUCAAAGGGGGUCAUACCAGUGUUUUGAAUUAGCGAUCACAAAGUCCUAGUGAAAAGACCUAGUCUGGCCUCCCUCUUUUUGUUAUGCUUUUUCUUAAUGCUUGUUUCCAGACGAUGUAUUUUGUUGUCCUAUUCAGUAUACAAACCCAUUUUCAAUUGAUAGCUAAAUGUCAUUCGAUUGUCUGAAUCCGACCAAUCCAAGGGCUGCUUCCCAUCAAGAGCACAGCAUUCAGAGGCAAACUGUGCCCCGUCAUACAAGGUGACCAGGCUGGUGUUGUCCCUUAUCCUCCUAACGCUGUAAUAGCCUUAGCAGACUGAGCCAAUAGACUUCCCUCCUAGCAACGCGGGGAGCUUUUUAUAGGCAGGACUUCUCACCACACAGCUCAGGGGAGACGGAACGUGAGCGGUACUCACAAACGUGCAAAAUCAAAGAGACUGGGAAGGACAACGAAGUGAACUCACUUGUAAAGAAAGAGCGCGAGCACACUGGCAAACUGAAUCCAAAGCUCAAAUCAAUACGCAAAAAGAAAAAGAAGCCGAUUCAAAUGAGUCACUUGAGUUGCUGUUACUUUCCCCUUGUCCGUUCCAUAGAGCUGACUUGCACGGGAUGGGCUGAUUAUGUAACCUAACACUACGGUUAGGCAGACUAAUCCCUCCAAAGGGAUUAGGCUUCUUCAGCGGGCAGCAGUGAUCCUGUGUGGGGCGGGUCACGGUGGAACGACUCCUUGAGGUGCUUCCCUUAUCUGCUGGAACUGUAGCCUUCAACCAUUCAGUGUCAACCAAUAUGCUUGGAUGAUUUUGCUGUCAAUUCUAUGGACGUUUUUCUCACAUCAACAACGUAUGCUCUUAAAGCAUUCAAACACUCGACACAACUAUGCUCUGAUUGCUCAAGCAGUAAAUACGCUGUAUGCAGUUGUACAGACCGAUAGAGGUCAAACGCUGUGACUCUGACAUGCUAGACCGGGGGCUGGCUUGCAGAGGUGGAAUCAUGUCAAAAAUCGGAAAAUAAGAGCACAAGAAUUUAUAUUAAUCAGUAAUAACCGUGCUUGAACCAAGCUUUAAACUAGCACUAAUAAAAAACUCUUCCUCUAUCUAACUUAGCUCCCUUUUUAUCGAUCAGAUUAUUGAUUGAUAUUACCCUGCCCUCACUUCUCUCUGUGGAUUGCCUGGUGCACAUAGUUUCAUGUUACAUAUUACAUUACGGGAACUUGUUUGACAUGGACUAGUGGCUUCUGUAGAGGAUGAGUCAACGCAUGCAUUUUCUGUCUCUUGCGCUUAGUUACUGAAGGGGAAAUGAGCCGUGUCGAAUACUGAAGGACAUGCAGACGGAACACGAGAGAUUGAGUCGUACGUCACCCAGAUGUGGGGCAGCCAACCAGCUUAACCUAAUGGUUAAGCGCUACGCACAAGAGUCAAAAAGCUUCUUUUUUUUUUUACAAUGCAGCCUUUGUACCGCUUGAGAGGAGAAAGGAGAAAUGAGAAAAGGGAGUUAUUUGUAUGUUUAAAAACUGCGACGUCAGAGAUUGUCCAAGGAAGAUGGACUGUGUUGUUUAAAACUCUGCGCAUUAGGUUCAUAGUAGUCAUUUUAAUGGUGGAUUUUAAUGAAUCAUGCUCUGUGUUGCCUUACCAAUAAAGUUCAUCAAGAAUCUUCCAAUGUGUCGGGUUAUUUCCUUGAGAACAGCUCUAACCCCAUG